GUUCGAAGGUAUCCCUAAUUUCCUACGAAUCAAUGCAAAAAAAUCUACUCAUUAAUUAAGGUUGAGGAUCAAUUUGUAGAGAGAGAUAGAGAUAGAGAUAUAGAGAGAGAGAGCUUUCUUUCUUACUGGCUUGUGUCGUGUGAUGUAAAUUCGGCAACAAACUCCCAUCUACUCAGAUUCCGAGUUAAUCUCCUCACCCUUUUGCGCUUUCCUUCCAAAUCUCAACUGCUCAGGACUUAAAUUCACCAAAAAUUCCCAUCCCAAUUUUGUGUCGAUUUCGUAUACUCAACUUAAAUGCGGGAGGAUGGCGUCGGCGACGGCGGUGGCGGUAGGGUUUCCGAAUUGCUUAGGUCGGACAUCGAGAAGCAGGGGAUCGAAGAGCCGUCGGAGAAUGCUGCCGCCGUAGGCGAACCGGAAGACUCCGCGGCGGAGAAGAUUAUCGACGUGGUGGUGGUUAAUUGCGGUGGCGCCGGCGGUGGCGGUGGAGGGAGCAAGAGUGAGCCCCAAAUCGAAAGGGAUCCGACUCCUGGCGAAGAGUGCAGGGUGUGCCAAGAGGAUACUGAAGAAGCAUUGAUCAAUCUCGGAUGUCAGUGCCGAGGCGGUCUUGCGAAAGCACACCAAUCGUGCAUAAUCAAAUGGUUCAGCACUCGAGGUUCCAACAAAUGCGAGAUUUGCCAGGAAAUAGCUUCAAACAUAACACCACCCGACCCCCAGGCAAGUACGGGCUACUGGAUUUGGAGGGUCGAUCCGGCGUUGAGAGCUCAAGAACGCACAAGGGGCUGCUUUAGUCCUCUCUGGGUCGCAUUCUCGAUUCUUAUAGGUGGGCUUUUGCUCGAUGUGCUGAUUUCUGUAAUGCUCGGUGUCUCCGCACUCCCUGUGAAUAUCAUCAUCGGGGUAAUCGUGGUGUUGGGACUCGGCACAGCUCUUCGACUUGCCCUGGAAUUUUGCCAAGAAUGGAAUGUUCGGAGGGUGGUGCAGCGGGUGGAAGCAAAUGCCAGCCUCGGCUACCAUCCGGCGUUGUAGGCGAGAAACACGACUUUGUAUAUAAAAUGCACACCAGGUCAGAUCCUUAAGAAGGAUAAAUUUCUUGUCGACAUCGAUCUUUCUUCUUGUUUCGGCAGUUCAUUGCAUUUCUGGGUUUAUAUAUAUAUAUAUAUAUUGUUGGGAAAGUUUUUGAAUUCGAUCUAUUGAUCGAUUCCGUGGCUCCGAAUUUUCGAACGUAUGUUUAUGUGUUUUUUGUUUUUAUUUUCUUAGUUCUAAAACAUGUAAAUUCAUGAUCUUAUGUAUAUUGUUUUGUCCAUGUUUAUGCUGAAUUGAAGCUGAAGGUGAUCAAUGGUUGUUUAUGUCCUGAUU